GUCAAUCAAGAUCCUCUAAACCCUGGAGCUACACCUGCUACCAGCUCCACUUCAUCGAGCUGUAGACCUCAGCAAACACUCUCGGAAUCUGAUCCUUUGUUUGGUGUUUUAAAGGAUGAUCAAGUUGGAAUUCACCCAAUCUCUGGCAGACUUCGCAUUGCUCCUGAAGUUCUUCAAGAAAUGAGGAAUUAUCUAAUGGCAUCCACUGGUGAAGACCGAAGCAUUAAAGAGCAGCGCAUCAUUUCUUCGGUAAGUGAAGUAGAGAAGGAUCAUAUUGCCCAGAAGACAGUACUUCAACUCAUUCCUCCUCCGACAAUCACUUCCGACUUAAACAGGGGAAAAGGUUUCCUCUUUGAUAAUGACCCUCAACCUCAGUUACCAGUACCUAUAUCUUCUGAAGAUCAGUCUGCUAAAUUGAUGUCGGCUGCUAUCUCUGCUGGUCGCUCAACUCUGCCGCUACCUCAAGAUCAUGCUUCUAAUGUUAAAGGGAAAGCAAGGCGCAGACCGGGGAAAUAUGCUAGGAAUGCUCAAGCUAAAGACAAGACCAAAGCUCGAGUCUCGAAGCCAGUUACAGUGGACUCUAUGAACCUGUUGCCAAGUAAACGUAAGGCGGAAGAAGAAGUGGCGGAUGCUCCCAAGCCUUCCAAGCUGAAAGCAUCAAGGAUGGUCCCAAAGGAGGGACCGUCGACCGCUUAA